UUUCCCAAUUCACAUUUAAAGGGAGAGAAAGAGAGAUAAAAAGAGUUUUUUAGAGGAAAGACAGAGAAAAAUGGUGGGACCAGUAAGGCCGCAGUUCGUCCUCUUUGGAUCAUCCAUUGUCCAACUUAGUUUCAGCAAUGGCGGAUGGGGUGCUAUUCUAGCUGACGUCUAUGCUCGCAAAGCUGACAUACUUUUAAGAGGAUAUUAUGGAUGGAAUUCGCGACGUGCCGUGGAGGUGCUCGAUCAUGUUUUCCCAAAGGAUGCUGCUACACAGCCUUCUUUGAUCAUAACUUAUUUUGGUGGUAAUGAUUCAAUGGGACCUCAUCCAUCUGGCCUUGGACCUCAUGUGCCACUUAAUGAAUAUAUUGAGCACAUGAGGAAGAUAGCAAUUCAUCUGAAGAGCCUUUCAGAUUCAACACGCCUCAUUUUUCUUACUUGUCCUCCUGUUGAUGAAGACAGAGUUAGUAAAAACACAAGUGAAUUCUUUAGCCACCUUAUUCGAACAAACGAGUUAUGCCAGAAGUAUUCUGAAGCUUGUGUAAAGCUGUGCCUGGAAUUGGAUGUGAAGGUGGUUGAUCUUUUUACUGCGUUUCAACGAAGAGAUAACUGGACAGCUGAUUGCUUCACAGAUGGAGUUCAUCUGUCCGCUGAGGGGAGCAAGAUUGUAGUGGCAGAGAUACUAAAAGUACUCAAAGAAGCCGAGUGGCAGCCAUCUCUGCACUGGAAGGCCAUGCCAACUGAAUUCUCAGAGGACUCACCUUAUGAUCUUGUUGCUGCUGAUGGGAAAACCACAUUGAAUCCGUCCGAAUGGACAUUUCACCGGGCGAUCCAAUGGGACUAGAGCAGUGCAGAGUUCUCUUCCAGGUUCAGAUCUCCAACAUCCCAUGGAAAUCAAACCUGUCUCACUACUUGAAAUUGAAGGAUGAAGUACCAAAGAUGAACAGGAUUUGUGGAAGAGGACUGAGCUUUGAACCAUUUUAAUGGUUGCUUCUUGCAAAAUCCAUUAUGAGUUUGAUUAAUUCAGUUCGGUUGAUUCUUGUAAAGUUUGUAUACUACUUAAUAAGCCUAGAAGAACUUGAAUUUGAAGCACACAGGCCAAAAAUGUUUGAUUCGAUUUCCCCCAAUGGGAAACUUUUUUACUUUCCAAUUUUCUAUAAACACAUCUAAAUAUUUUAUGUGGGAA